UGUCUCCAGAGUGUUGUCACUUGCAGGCAAAACCCAUCACAGCUAGCCCGCUAGCCAACUAAUACAGUCAAUUAUCGUCCAUAAGAUAUUUACCAUGUUAUAUUUAUGUCUGGUAAAGUAACCCAGAUUUAACAGCUCUACUUUGCCUGGCCACCGUUCGGAAACAAGUCGAAGGUAGCCAGCAAGAUAGCUAGCUGAUGUGUUUCUUACUGUCAGAUUGUAGGCAGCUAUAGCUAGCUCUACAUCUGGCUAAACGCUGGCUAGCUACCCACAUAAAAGGAGGAUUACGGAGCUGGGUUGGGGUGUGGAGAUGGUUCGGCUGGGAGAAUCAACGUAGCUAGCUAGCUAGCUUCUCCCUCAGGUCCAGAAAACACUUGCUAACAAAAAACAACACGCCGCAAAGACACUACAACCAGGCUAUCUGCAAGUACAGCAGCUUGUAUGCGCCUUCUAUGACGGUCGCUGUCAUCAGGAGAGAUGUACCCCCCACCCAGAAAGGACUUCAUCUCCCUCACCCUCAGUGACCAGCACAGCCGCAGCUACAACAAUGGCAAGCACCGUCGUCAAUCCUGCUUGAGGAAAUGGAAGCAGCUGUCUCGCCUGCAGCGCAGUCUUGUCCUCUUCCUCUUGGGCCUGCUGCUGAUCUGUGGACUGCUGUCCUACCCUGGCCUCUCUAGGCAGUGGGGAGACGUGCCUGACAGAGAGGACUGGGUUGAGCUGGAUGACAGAGAGCUGAGACCAGUUCCUCCAGGGGCCAACCCUGUGGCUGGUCCAGCUGUGGGGGCAAGGGCAGCUGCUGUGGGGCUGGCCGCAGGGCCAGAGGUGGGUCCAGCUCUGGGCCCGGCCGCAGGCCCAGUCCUCAUCCCUGUCCCGGAAAUCAUCCCAGAGAUCAUCCCCGAGCCACAGAAACCCAAGGUCCUCCUUCUACCCAAACCCCUUGUCAAGAAGAGGCCGUUCCUGAACAAGAGAGGCCCUCCCAGCCAGCAGAGGGCAGGGAACGCCUCAGAGCUGCUGGGGAGGGAGCAGCCGGAGCCUCCCGGGAAAACUGAGGAGGUGGAAGAAGAGAAGGGAGAUAAACAACUUGUCAGCUGGAGAGGGGCCAUGAUCGAGGCGGACCAGGCCACAGAGGCCCCUCCCUCUCCUAAUGAGAGAGACAUCCCAGCCUCCCCCGGGACCAAGGACGCCAGUCCCCUGGAGCCAGUUUCCAUGAGUUCCGUAGACAGGCUGGAGGUCGUGCGAGAGGCCUUCACGCACGCCUGGAAGGGCUACAAGGAGUUCGCCUGGGGCCACGACGAGCUCAAGCCCCUGUCCAAGUCGUUCGGGGAGUGGUUUGGCCUGGGCCUGACGCUGAUCGACGCCCUGGACACCAUGUGGAUCCUGGGGCUGAAGGAGGAGUUCGCGGAGGCCAGGAAGUGGGUGGAGACGGAGCUGUCCUUCUCCAAGGAUGUGGACGUGAACCUGUUUGAGAGCACCAUCCGCAUCCUGGGAGGCCUGCUCAGCACCUACCACCUGACUGGAGACCAGCUGUUCCUCGACAAGGCGACAGACAUCGGCACCAGACUGAUGCCGGCCUUCAAGACCCCCUCCAAGAUCCCCUUCUCUGACGUGAACCUGGGGAAGGGCUCAGCCCACCCGCCCCGCUGGACGUCCGACAGCACGGUCGCCGAGGUGACCAGCGUCCAGCUGGAGUUCAGAGAGCUCAGCCGCCUCACCCAGGACCCGCAGUACCAGGAGGUGGUGAACGAGGUGAUGAGGCUUGUCCACAAGCUGCCAGGGAAACGCGAUGGUCUGGUGCCCAUGUUCAUCAACACCAACAGCGGCCAGUUCACCCAUAAAGGGGCGUUCACGCUGGGCGCGCGGGCCGACAGCUACUACGAGUACCUGCUCAAGCAGUGGAUCCAGGGAGGCAAGACAGAGAAUGACCUGUUGGAGGACUACCUGCAGGCGGUGGAGGGGGUGAAGAAACACCUUCUUAAACAGACUGGACCCAGCAGACUGACCUUUGUAGGGGAGAUGUCCCAAAACCGAUUCAACCCCAAGAUGGACCACCUGGUGUGCUUCCUUCCGGGCACGCUGGCGCUGGGCGCCCACAACGGGCUGCCCGCCGAGCACAUGGAGCUGGCCCUGCAGCUGAUGGAGACCUGCCACCAGAUGUACGUUCAGAUGGAGACAGGCCUGAGCCCUGAGAUCGCCCACUUCAACCUGCAGCCCCACGACGGCCGCGAGCUGGACGUCAAGCCCGCUGACAGACACAACCUCCUGCGUCCGGAGACUGUGGAGAGCCUGUUCUACCUGCACCGCUUCACCCAGGACAGCAAGUACCGCGACUGGGGCUGGGACAUCCUCCAGAGCUUUAACAAGUACACCCGGGUUCCCAGCGGGGGCUAUACCUCCAUCAACAACGUGCGUGACCCCGUGAACCCGGCGCCCAGGGACAAGAUGGAGAGCUUCUUCCUGGCAGAGACCCUCAAGUACUUUUACCUGCUCUUCUCAGACGAACCGGACCUCCUUAGCUUGGACAAGUACGUGUUCAACACCGAGGCCCACCCCCUCCCCAUCUGGCCCUCCGCUCCCUGAGACGCGAGAGUCAGCCCCCCCGUCGGGCCGCUCGGCAUUCUGGGGGCUCUUCCUGUCGAGCAAUCAACAGCUUUUUUUUUUUUUUUUACAUUUUUAUUCCGUUUGGGGCCUGAUUCCGUCUGAAGACUUCUGCAAUAGAAAAAUACGAUCUGCUGGUUCGUGACAGAAGAAGAAGAAGACAGACAGACAGACAGACAGCUCCACAAGGUCUACAAGUCACUCGCUCCAUGUCCUGAGGAGUUGUAGGUCAGGUCAGCCGAUCACUAGCCUUCUUUAACCCUCUGUAUAUUUUUAACAGUCUUUGACUUUGUCUACUGGAAGGAGCCAAACGAAGAAGGAAAACCACGCAGAGCUGGCCUCUGUCGCACAGUCCUUUUGUACAUUUGGAAAAGGAGUUCUCUGGACCUUUGCGGUUACCGCGCUAGGCACCAUAAAAUGAAGGAGACCAGGCAGGAAGGCCUGAAGGUUGGACUCGUGCUCUGGUGCCAGUCAUAGGCCUCGUGCCACUAAUAAGCUCUACCAUCCAUGAGAAGGUCCAGCCGCAGUGUCACAAUGUGAGAAACAAGCAUUACGGAAGGAAUGCUUUGUACUUUGGCUGGGAAAGGAAGGAUUUAUUGUCUAGUUUGUGUGACUAAGGAAAGGGAACUCACUGAUCAUAAGAGUUGAUUAUACCUGCUGUAGACGUAGUUGGAGUAAAGGUUUCGGAUUAUGGAGCUGCAAACAUAAUGUCCUUUGUCCAUUUGGAAAUCGGGACCACACUGUAAAUAAUGACAGCUAUUUAUUUUUUAAGGCGAGUGUGUCCUUUUUCUAUGAAUGUUGGGUUCUCCUGUUUCAGGGUCUCUGGGGGGAGGGUUCACCCUUUAAGUUGUUUUGUAAUAUAUUUUCUGUGAAUGGGAAAUGAAUUGACGCUUCCACGUAUCCUCAGUAAUGAAGAAACAAACUGAAAGACUGAAAAUAACAAGUUAAUAUUUAAUGGUGUGGUUGGAGUGCGAACUCUGCCGACAGCGUCCCCGUGCAUAAUUCAGUCAAGCGAACGAUCUUCGCGCCAUGUAUAAUCUUGUCCGAACGUUCGACAUGUUUGUCUGUCUCAGCGUGAGGGAUGCGCGGUUUAUGGGGUUUUCUGUUUGUUAGAAGCCUUGAUGAACUGGUUGUGGUUUCGGGGAAAAUGUUUAAUGUGCUUGAAUGAAACGAUUCGACUGGAAAACAGUUCUACUUACUCAUCUUCUGACAGCCACAACCGAGAAGGCACUUGAUGAGUAGAAGGGUAGAUUAAUUGGUGAAUCUUUUUUGAAAAGCACUUUCGGCUGUGUCUUGCUAUUUUCUGAAGUGGGUUUGGGGCUGUGAGGGGUUUUGUCGAUUAAGUGUAGAUAUUUAAUGGCCAUUCUUAAAUUGAUGAAACUAAAUGUCUUUUGGUUUUACCUGAGGUUAGGCAAAGCUUUGAGAUGUGCAAGCUACAUUUGAUAGCCAUAAGACACGGCUACAAUAACUGCACCUGAAAGCUGUUUUAAGGAUAAUAUUUCUACUGUAGGCUUACAGUAGUCGAUCAACUGCUGUUAGUUUAAAAGAUGCCAGUUGAAUGUAAAACCUAAUUCUGCUAGUCUACAUCAACAAAGCUUUACUUUGAUGCCGUAGGUCCAGGAGAGAUGCGUACCCCCAAAUGACUAGUCUGGGAUCAACUGUACACAAACCGUCAAAAAAACCUUAAAAAAUAUCUGGAUUUCAAUAAGAAACGUCCCCAGACCAUGGCUCCUCUGACCACAUGAUCAUCACGUCCACGGCUGUGUUAGCGUACCUUUCUGGCCUGUCAGAUGUCUUUCCGGUGCCUUCCGAGCCGUGAUGAGAGGAUCCUCUCUUCGAAGGGUCCUCACACAAAUAAGCGGCCUCUCAGUAAUUGCCUCUCCUGUCUCAAUCAGCUCCACCCAGCUCAGGCUUUUAACGCCAUCCAUUAUUCAAGACAGCGUUUUUCUGCAAGUUCUUCAGACGGAAGAAGAAUGAUAAGCUCGUGUAGAAAACGAGUCGUUAUGCGCGUCGUUCAAAAUACACUUGAAGGGUAUUUUGGUUUAACAGAGCAGGAUGUAUGCUACUGUAACUUGUCGGAUUCAACUUCUUGCCUUUGUGAAAGCUUAACCACUAACAUACGAUCUUUCGGUUCCUUUGUAAGAAUUAAAUGAAGUAUAGCAAUGAAGACGAAUGCUGGACAGAAAUUGAAUAAUGGAGGUGAUAACGCGCACACUUAAUUAGUCACAUUUAAAAGGUAUUAGCCACUGCACAAUAUACAUUUCAAUGUUAUUUGUCGCUUCAGUGAAGCCUAAGGUUCGUAGAAAGUCCUAAUGUGACCCUGUCAACAAAGUGCCACAGAAACGAUCAAUAGGCCUACCGUUUGUUUUUUCGCGCUGAGUUGAACAAUUUAGAAAACGCGUAUCCAUUUUCCCCAGACAAUUAAGCACUAAGAUUACCUGAAGGCAUUGAUUAGUUUAUCGGAUUCGGCUUGUGGUGAAAAUGAAGGACUUUAUUGAUUCCUUGCAGCUUUCAAAGACUUUUGUAAGACUUUGGAACCCCAUGGCCUGUAUAAUGUUCAUACUGCUUUUUGUAAGUAAGAUGCCGCUUCUAUGAAACUCGGUGCGAGUAGGCUAUACUGUCAUUCAUCCUGCCAUGUAAAUCAACAAUAAAGAUUUUAAACGUAG